AGAGUAAAAUGUGUAAAUAAAGUUUGAUGUAGUAUGCUGCUUUUCACCAAAGUGCCAUGUCACAAAAUGUGAGAUAUUUAGAAAAAAGUGAUAUAAAGCUUGCAAGCCUUAUAAUAUUUGGUGCCUUGGGUUUCACUCUUUUCGCGGUUUUAGCAAUCUGUGGUUUGUUUGCUUUGUGUAAUAGAGGUGCUACUGCUACUUCAGGAAGACGACGUAGUAAUAAUUCCAUAGUACGAGAACAGAGUAUCUCUAUAGUGCGGGGGGAUCAUCCUAUAGCCUUCAUGCUACCAACGGUGUCUCACUCUGAAGCUGGGAGCGAAACAGAUCCAACCCCCUCCGAUCUUGAAUCCUUCGGUUACCAAUCCUCACACGGACCUUCUCCUGCCCUCUCCCUGGCCUCCCUAACUGGGGGUAAUCUCUACUCCUCAAACCUACUCUCUCCCCAACCACUAAGGGCCUACCCAGGCGGGUCGGCCCAUCUCCAGCGUUUGUCGUCUCCACGGCCAUUGUCUACGCCGUCGACAUCACCCCGGCAGGGAAUAUCCUUAGGGAAGCGGGGUCAAGCACCAAGACCAGUCUCACUCCCAUCCUUCCCUCUUCAGAUUCCAUCUAGUAGGUCGUCUCCUCUUCCUACUCUAUAUGGUAAAGACCAGAAUCCUGGAUACGAGGCUAGGGAAGAGAAUGAGGAUGAUGAAGAGGAUGGGGAGAGGAUGGAUGGAGGACGAAGAAAGAUAAAUGUAUGCGGAAAAAUCUAUUUACGGAUUACAUUCCGUAAUUCCGCAGGAGAACUUCAG